AGAGGGAGAGGGAGAGGGAGGGAGACGUGGGAGGGAGGGAGACGCUGACAUAUCCAGCUCCUGUACCUGUUAGAGCGCUGGAUGGCCGGUGAUCAGAUUAGAGGCGUCAGGGUUCGUUAAUCUGUGAGGGAGCGACACGCCGCCACUCACGCCGCUUCUGCGCCGCGCUCCUCAUCUGCGGCGAAACGGAUCGGAGCGCGUUUGGUUCGGUGCUGACGCGCGUCGGGGAAUUUCCCCCCCCCUCCCCGUUUUUUUUUUUUUUUUUUUUUGUUUGUGGGGAGAAUGGAUACCUGCAGGGUGCGAGCCUGGGUGUUUCUGGUCCUCCUGUGGCAGGACGGCUAUUUCGCGCAGUUUCCGACUCAGCUCAUGAUCAAAGAAUGGGUCGAUCAGAUGCAGAAGGAGCUCGUCGCGCUGGCAGACACGGCCACGGCUGGGAAGAGCCUCACUCAGAUAUUCCUGAGAAACCAACACCUGUACACGGUGGAGCAAAACGAUGCCGAGGAGCUGGUGGCCAGAGCGGCCAGGAACAUCGAACAGCUGCUGCGGAAGAGGUCGGCCGCCUUGGAGAAACUGGCCACGGCUGCAGAGAACUUCCAGAUGGAGCAUCAGUGGCAGGACGAGUUCGAGGAUGAUGAAAUCUACUACUACAAUGCAAAGGACAACCUGGAAGCAAACGAGACAGAGGGACGGAAAUACAGGAUUCGACCGGACUUUAAGGAGGACCCGUCAUUUAAACGCCUGACUGAUUACAAUCACACGGCCGUCCACAUCCCCACUGACAUCUAUGAUGGUUCCACCAUCGUGCUGAACGAGCUCAACUGGACCAAGUCGCUGGAGGACGUGUUCAGGAAGAACAGGGAGGACGACCCGACGCUCCUCUGGCAGGUGUUUGGUAGCGCUACAGGUCUGGCUCGCUACUACCCAGCUUCUCCCUGGAUGGACGCUCGUAAAACCCCGAGUAAAAUUGACCUGUACGACGUUCGCAGGAGGCCGUGGUACAUUCAAGGAGCCGCCUCGCCCAAAGACAUGCUGAUCCUCGUGGACGCGAGUGGGAGCGUGUCUGGCCUGACUCUCAAGCUGAUCAGGACCUCCGUCAGCGAGAUGCUGGAGACGCUGUCUGACGACGACUAUGUCAACGUGGUUUACUUUAACACCAGGGUGAAGAAGACGGCCUGUUUUGACCAUCUGGUUCAAGCCAACGUGAGGAACAAGAAGGUGCUGAAGGACGCUGUGCAGAACAUCACAGCCAAAGGAAUCACGAACUACACCAAAGGCUUCGAGUUUGCCUUUGAACAGCUCUCCGCCACUAACGUGAGCAGGGCAAACUGCAACAAGAUCAUCAUGCUGUUUACGGACGGAGGGGAGGAGAGGGCUCAGGCCAUACUGGAGAAAUACAACGCUGACAAAAAGGUGAGGAUCUUCACCUUCUCAGUAGGACAGCACAACUAUGAUAAAGGACCCAUUCAGUGGAUGGCCUGCUCCAACAAAGGUUACUUCUAUGAGAUUCCUUCCAUCGGCGCUAUUAGAAUAAACACACAGGAGUACCUGGACGUGCUGGGGAGACCCAUGGUCCUGGCAGACAAGCAGGCCAAACAAGUCCAGUGGACCAACGUGUAUCUGGACGCUCUGGAACUGGGUCUGGUCAUCACAGGAACGCUGCCCGUCUUCAACAAAACCAAAACCAAGGACGACAGGAACGGAGAGCACCAGAAUCAGCUGAUUCUUGGCGUAAUGGGGAUCGACGUGUCUCUGCAUGACAUUAAGAAGCUCACGCCGCGCUUCACAAUUGGUCCAAAUGGAUACUACUUUGCCAUUGAUCCCAAUGGAUACGUCCUGCUGCACCCUAAUCUCCAGCCAAAGAACCCGAAAUUCCAGGAGCCUGUAACCCUCGACUUUUUGGAUGCUGAGCUGGAGAAUGACAUCAAAGUGCAGAUCAGGAGAAUGAUGAUUGACGGCGAGACGGGAGAAAGCACCAUUCACACGCUGGUGAAAACCCAGGAUGAGAGGUACAUAGACAGAGGGGUCAGGACCUACACAUUUGCACCAGUCAACGGGACAGAUUACAGCCUGGCUCUUGUUCUGCCUAAAUACAGCGAGCACUUCAUUCAGGCCAACCUGGGGGACGACAUGAAGCAGGCUAUGUCUAUGGAGACCAUCCAGCUGGAGAGGUUCGAUGAGUUCGGUUACACCUACAUCGCUCCGCGGGAAUACUGCAAAGACCUCCGGCUGUCGCCCAACAACACCCAGUUCCUCCUCGACUUCAACCAGUUCAUUGACAGGAACACCCCGGAUGCAUGUAACGUGUCUCUGGUGAGUCGACUGAUCCUGGACGCGGGCCUGACAGCGGAGCUGGUUAAGCUUUGGGAUGAGCAGACUGUCGACGGGACCGUGGCCAGAUUCGUGGCCACAGAUGGAGGAAUCACCAGAGUCCAUCCAAGAAGCGCUGGGGAAGACUGGACUGAGAACCCUGAGACGUAUGAAUCAAGCUUCUAUAAGAGGACCCUGGACAAUGACGUUUAUAUAUUCACAGCUCCGUCCUUCACAGCAGAGGGCAGGGAGCCUGUUUCUGACACAGGCAUCCUAGUGAGCAAAUCGGUGGACCUCACCAUCGAUGAUGUCACACUUAAACCAGCAGUGGUGGGAGUGAAACUAAACGUUUCCUUCUGGAUGAACAGUUUCAUUAACGCUACUCUGAGAGUGAAUUGCAAGGAUGAGAUCUGUGGCUGUCUCCGGAAUGACAAGCACGUCGACUGUGUGAUUCUGGACGAUGGAGGCUUCCUUCUCAUGUCCAAUCAGGAGGAAUACAUCAGUCUGAUUGGUCAGUUCUUUGGCGAAGUGGAUCCAGUGCUGAUGAUCAACCUGGUGAACACCUCCCUGUACUCCUUCAACAAGACCUAUGACUACCAGUCUGUCUGUGACCCAGAGAAGGACAGCAAGGCUGCAGCGGGACCCCGCUCCAUCUACGUGCCUACCAUUGCAGACCUGCUGAGUGUUGGCUGGUGGGCCUCCAGUGCUGCCUGGUCAAUACUUCAACAGCUUUUCCUUAGUCUCAUGUUCCCCAAUCAACUGGAGGCAGCGGACUCAACAGAUGAAGACAUACCAGAUGCCAUGUUUAAGGAGAGCUGCAUCACGGAGCAGACUCAGUACUUCUUCGACAAUGAAGAAAGAUCCUAUUCUGGGGUGCUGGACUGUGGAAACUGUUCGAGGAUGUAUCGUGCUGAGAAGCUGCCCAACACCAACCUGGUUUUCCUGAUCACUGAUGCCAAGGCAACGUGUUUGUCAUGUGACCCCAGACCGUUACGACAGGCCGAACAACCCUCUGUGGGUCCAGAUCCAUGCGAGCUGGCUCAGAACCCCAGGUACCGCAAAGGGCCGGACGUGUGUUUCGAUAACAACGAAAACGAUGAGCCCUUGUGCCCAGUCAGCAGAGCUUCUGCUCUGAGCUCUACACCUCUCUUCUUGUUUCUGCUGAUGAGUUCAGGGAAGAUGAUUCGGACUGUGGGGGAGGGACCUGCCUGAGCCCGUGUCUGUGGCCAAUGCUCGGGCUCCAAAUGCUGCUACUGUGGAUCGUCACAUCCUCACAACACUCAUGACCCCUACACACACCCACACACAAACCCACACACACACACCGAUCAUCUCAUUUCACAAGAGGCCAGAGACGCUCCAGUUAUGCCAUACAGGACGUAUGCAGAAUAUUUUCAACAAGACCUUCUUGUUUUUGGUGUUGUCUAACUACCAGUAUCAGCAUUUCCAUUCUUCAAUGCCAAAGGGUGCUCAUCCAUUUCCUCCUCAUUGUCCUCCAAACCAGAGACACGCUAACUGUGCUCAGCUGCACUCAUUCAUCAUGAUAUACUCUCUGAUGGUGCAAGAGUAAGAGCUAACCAAACCCUUUAAUUCUGCCUCAUUUUUUUCUCUGCUUUAUUCAACAGAGGUUAACGAGUGAUCCCACUAUGCCAACUUAAUAUCAUUCAAAGACUGUAUGUUCACUGACAGCGUUGAUUUGUGUAGUUGUCGAUAUCGUUUGUUGCUUAUUCUAUUUAUUGCGUAUGAAUCAUUAUGCUGUAAUGAUCGUUUCUUUCGGCAACCAGUGCAACUCCGAAGAAAAUCCCUUGCGUUGGAGCGUGUUUGAUAUGUACUGUAUGCUAUCUACCGUAACUACCCAUUUCAUUCUUAGUGCGUCAAGCCGACGAGCAUUCCACGAGCGGCUGGGUGUUGUAUCGUAGCAGCAUGUGCUCAGUACAGAGCUAAAGACAACACCGAUACUGACACCAAAGCUCCGCACACAGAACCCAGGGCCACAGAUCCACACAGACCUACUAGAGAGACUGCGUCAGCGAGUUUAUUUUGAGAGCUUUCCUCAGACGUGGGUGUACGUCGGGGUUUCCAUUCGCUUGGAUAGUGUUGAUACCUCAGACGCCUUGCUGAGUAACGCGGUGAGGUCAGAGGGCACCUACAGUGCGGCGCGUACGUCAAAUUCUGUCCGUGCACGACAAUUUGAGAUACGUCUGCACUCGGUCGGACGGUUGUGAAAAUUGAUGCAUCGAAUUCCCAGUGCCUGCGUAGUAGCUCAGACGGUCGGUGAUUUGAGCGGAGGGAUGCGUCGGAGUGUCCUCACCGUGUACGCCUGCUGCAGCACAGCAGGGGGGGGGGCGGCGAACGUGCUGCAGUUCCCCCAAUGUAGUGGUCUGUCCUGCCGGAGAUUAAAAAUCUGACCCCGACUCGAGCUUGUGUUCCAACCGCCUAGUGUUUAUUAGUCCUGUUUCUGUUCCCCUUCUGGAUCAUCAGACUCAGGAGCCAAGAUGACUUGUGAAUGAGAUCAGCAUAUCGAAAUGACUGUUUUCCCCCUUUUCUUUCCCCCCACCGCCGUUCUCCCCUCCCGAUGCUUGUUUCCUCUUUGUGUUGCUCUGUGAGUGCCGUGAAGCAGACGCUGAAGGCUCAGCGUCCGACCGCCGCAGUGUCACGGGAUGAGCUUGUUCUGUGUUUGAAUGCUGUCUAAGCCCGUGGUGGGCGUCAGGGCCCGCUGGAGAGGAAACCACCACCACUGCAGUGCUACCGCGAUAUUCUGGCAUAGCCUUACUUCGGGACGCUUGAACCCCCACCUCUCUGCACCUUGCCUUCGUGGUGACCUGCCGGUGUUGAGUGUUCAGGAUAUGCCUGUCUAUCAAAGUCGCGUGUUGCCUCGUGUUUCACCCCGGGGGGUCCCGUGUCUAUGUGCAGGCAUGUGCGUGUCCCUCUGAUAUCUGAUUGUGCUUUAAUACUGUACAUGGAUUACUCUUUUGUGGAACUUGACUAGCCUGAAGAAAUUUUGUAUACAUUUGUACACUAAAACUAUUUACUGUAUAAAAAAGGGGAGAGACAAGAAAAAUGUUUAUAACAUUGUGUUGAUUAUUGUGCAAAUAUAAUAUAUUCACAAUAAAAGUGUUGUAUUGUA